AUGAAUAACAACCCCAAAUUCAUCAAUCCAGACGCACACGUCGAUUGUUCAAUUGAUAUCGAAAAGGGAUUUCUCCUAUCAGAGACUGAUACGGGCUCGGCCUCGACUACGGGAGAUGUCUCCAAGUCUGCAGCUUCGUCUUCUGCGGACGAAAGCAACACAAACGAUGCUCUUCCUGGGCAGGACCAGCAGAACGAUGCGAGCCCGUCACCGACCAACCGCACUACAAUCCUGGUCCUCGAAUAUAUUCUCGCCGCAAUGAACGUCAUGCCAUUUUUCGGCAUGGGAGUCCGGGCACUCUUCUAUAGCGGCAGUAUAUGUCAAUACCCCAGAGAAAAGGCCACGGGAGCCGUCAUAAUUGGAUGCUUUAUGCUCUGGAAUGGAAACGCUGGUCUGGUGAGGAUUUUUGAUCAUGAGGACAUGAGCAGAGACCCCGAAAUCCGCCAACAUGUGGUCGCUCUAGUUAGCCUGAUCAACACGUACGCGGCUGGUUUCCUUAUAAUGGGCCUGGCGCAAUCUUGUGGAACGGAUUCAUAUGACUGCAAAGGUUGA